UUAAUUGGAGAUAACGAAUUUAGAGAGGAAGAAUUUGGAGAAGAGGAUUACAAUAAUUGGAAUGAUAUUAAUUUUGCUAAUGUUGAUGAUUCUAUUUGGAACGCUAAAGAAUACUCAGACAGAGUUUGUGUCUAUGUUGACAUCUGUGAUGAUUCUGUUCUUGUAGGAGAUUAUU